CGUCCCUACUGUUUGGCUACGGAUGUUCCUUAACACUAAUGCGUGUUUCUAUUUUUCAGAUUUGAUUUUCAAUUACGCUUACCUUCCCGCCCACAACCAUCUCUCUACUAUCUUCCUCCAUUUUUCAGUCAGCAAAGCUUUCUCUCACUAGAAACGCAGAUCCAAAGCCAUCUCAAUCACUAGUUCCAAAAGUAAUUGACCUCACAUUUAUCUCCGAUCCGCGACUCUCUCUCUCUCUCUCUCUCUCUUCAGUCUCUAUUUCACACUCGAAACCCUAGAAUUUCGCAGACGGCUAUCAUGAACCACUACCACAUCUAUGAAGCUAUCGGCCGUGGCAAAUUCUCGACUGUAUACAAGGGGAGGAAGAAGAAGACUAUAGAGUAUUUUGCAAUUAAGAGUGUCGAUAAAUCACAGAAGAGCAAGGUUCUUCAAGAAGUUAAAAUUCUUCACUCUUUAGAUCACCCAAAUGUUCUAAAAUUCUAUUCCUGGUAUGAAACUUCUGCUCAUUUGUGGUUGGUUUUGGAAUAUUGUGUUGGAGGAGACCUCAUGUCAUUACUACAGCAGGAUAAGAAGCUUCCAGAAGAGUCAAUACAUGAUUUUGCUCACGAUCUUGUCAAAGCUUUGCAGUUUUUGCACUCGAAGGGAAUCAUUUACUGUGACUUGAAACCUUCAAACAUCUUAUUAGAUGAAAAUGGACGUACAAAGCUAUGUGAUUUUGGAUUGUCAAGAAAAUUGAGUGAUAUAUCUAAAACUCCUUCUUCCUUACUGCCACAAGCAAAACGUGGAACUCCCUUUUACAUGGCUCCUGAGUUGUUUCAGGAUGGAGGCGUCCAUUCUUAUGCAUCUGAUUUGUGGGCCCUUGGUUGUGUGCUAUAUGAGUGCUAUGCUGGGAACCCACCCUUCAUAGGAAAAGAGUUCACUCGGCUGGUAAAAUCAAUCCUUUCAGACCCAACUCCAUCCCUUCCAGGGACUCCCAGCCGUCCCUUUGUCAAUCUAAUCAAUUCUCUCCUGAUAAAAGAUCCAGCUGAAAGAAUACAGUGGACUGAGUUCUGUGAACAUGCUUUUUGGAGAACAAAAUUUACUCCAUUGCCUUUACCUCCUCAGCCUGCUUUCAGUGAUAUGAUAGAGCUUUUGUCUAAACCAUAUCUCUCAGAACGCAAUAGUGACAACCCUCCCCAAAACAAAACCCCACCUAAAUAUCGUGAAAAAGAUUCAAAAGGAGGUCCCAAACAGGAUGAGAAUUGCAUUGUGGGAUCAAGAGGUUAUGUCACACCGGUUAAGGGUGUAUCUAGUGGCCGGAAGAUUCAAAUGAAGGCUUCAGGCAAAGUAGUUGAGGAGAAGCAGAAAGAUCCUUCAAGCAAUACUAGGGAUGUGAAUCUUCUAAGGCUCUCAAGGAUAGCAAAGUCAAACUUACAGAGAGAAAAUGAGAAGGAGAACUACAGGAGGCCAUUGCCAAAUGGCUCUGAAAAUGAUGCCGAAGUGAAAAUUGAAAACACUGAUAUGGAACUUGAUUUUAAUGAGAACACGGAGGAUGAGACAAAUGAUGAUCCUGAUGGAUCUGAUAAUCCGACUUGUCCUGAAGAAAAAAUGUCAACUCAAAAUCAGCAUGAGGGAAAAUUAGAACAGAUGGACAAUAACAAUAACACUAACCAAUUGGAUGCAUCACCUAUGAUUAAUACUCCUGUCUCAGAUGACACAAGAGCACCUGACCUGGAUUUAUCUUCAGAACACAAUGAAAUGGGUCCUACUCCACCCACUGUUAGCCCUCAACUCAAAAGGGUUAAAGAAGGUUCAGAGUAUGCCGUCGACUCUGAUACUUCAAAAUCAUCUAAUGACCUCACGCAGGUGCUUUGGCAUCCAUCAGACCUCUCAGUCAGACCUGUGAUGCCCAGUAGGAAGGCUGAUAAAAUGUCAAUUCCUUCUCUUCCCAUUGAUGCAUUGCCAGCAACGGAUUAUUUGAAGAUGCCUAAGGAUCAGGUGGACACAUUCAAUAAUAGGAUUAUAACAAUCUUAAAUGGGAAUACUGCCAUUGGUGAGAAGCAGAAUCUAAUCAGAUACCUUGAGAUGUUAAGCAGUAAUGCUGACGCUGCCAAUAUCUUGACCAAUGGGUCAAUAAUGCUGGUGGUUGUCAAAAUGCUGCGACAGUCUAAGGCUUCAGCUUUACGUGUUCAACUUGCUUCACUGAUUGGCUUACUGAUACGGCAUUCUACUUUUAUUGAUGAUGAACUGGCAAAUUCAGGAAUUUUAGGUUCUCUAACUGAUGGUCUCAGAGACAAGCAAGAAAAAGUGAGGAGGUUCUCUAUGGCUGCUUUGGGUGAGUUGCUGUUUUAUAUAUCCACUCAAAAUGAGCAUAAUAAGGACAACAAUCCUCCUGAAUCACCGUCUAAGGACAGCCGGUUUUCAUCAGGCUGGCAGGUUUCAAAUCCACUGAUUUCAUUGGUGUCAUCAAUUUUACGGAAAGGAGAGGAUGAUGUCACUCAACUCUAUGCGCUGAGGACAAUUGAGAACAUCUGCAGUCAAGGAGGUUACUGGGCUGCUCGUUUCACCAGCCAGGAUGUGAUUACUAACCUUUGCUAUAUAUUUAGGGCUGCAGGGAAACAGGAGAGCAUGAGGCUCACCGCUGGGUCUUGUUUGGUACGACUGGUUCGUUUUAAUCUUCCUAGCAUUCAACAGGUUAUGGAUAAACUUCCAUUCAGGGACACUGUAUCAGCCUUUGUCAAGGGCAGUCCACGUGAGCAGCAAAUCUGUCUAAACCUUCUGAAUAUGGCUAUGAUUGGGAGCCAUAUGUUUACAAACAUUGGACGACAUCUUCCCUUGGUGGAAGAGAAGAAUCUUGUCCCAUGUCUUGUAGCACUUAUUGAGCAGGGAAGUGAAGUCUUGAGGGGAAAGGCACUUGUUUUUGUGGCUCUACUUUGUAAGCACGGGAAGAGAUGGCUUCCACAUUUCUUUUGCAAUGCGAAAUUACUAUCAGCAGUGGACAGGUUGGCGAAGGAGAAGGACAGCUACAUUCAACAGUGUUUAGAUGCAUUUGUCCAUGUUGUGGCAUCCACCAUACCAGGUUUGCUGGAAGCUAUAACUGGAGACAUUCAGCAGAUGAUGGGAGGGAGACGCCCGGGGCAUAUUGCUGCUCUUAACAGUCGAGCCACUCCAAAGACCAACUUUCAUUUGUUUCCUGUUAUUUAUCAGAUUCUUGUAAGCUCCUCUUUUAAGCGCAGGGUGGUAACUAAUCAGGUCCUGCAGCAGUUGGCAAAUCUAAUCAAACUUGCCGAGUCACCUUUUCAGGGCAGGGAUGACUUUCAAAUAACCCUGUUACGAGUUCUCGAGUCCAUUACGGAGGAGCCCUCAGUUAUUCUUGAGAGCCCCAACAUUUUUAUUCGUGAAAUUUUGCCCAGUCUGGCUGUUGUUUACAAGGGAAACAAAGAUGGGGACGCCAGGUUCUUGUGCCUGAAAAUUAUGUUUGAUGUGAUGGUUAUUUUUCUAAACGAACCAACAGAAGACGAGGAACAAUCACUGGCUUUGAAGUCCAUAUCCAAUACUCAUUUCCUCCCUCUGUACCCCGCCUUGAUUGAGGAUGAAGAUCCCAUUCCCAUGUAUGCUCAGAAGCUUCUUGUGAUGCUCAUCGAAUUUAAUUACAUAAAAAUUCCAGACAUUCUACAUUUGAAGAUAAUUUCACAGUGCUUCGAAUUUCUUCUUGGUGAUCUCUCAACUGCAAAUGUAAACAACGUCAUGCUCUGUCUGGCACUGGCAUCUGCUCCCGAGUUGGAAAGCAAGAUCCUCUCUCAAUUAAAAGUAGUCAGGAGGAUUGGAAACCUUUUGGAGUUUGUGCAUGCGAAGGAAAUGGAAGAUUUUAUCGAACCAACACUUGGUUUGUGUAGGGCUUUCCUUCUACGUUCCAUAAACAAUAGGAAAGGUUUCAUCUAUGCAAGAGAACCAUCUCUCUUAGGUGAUGGGUUUUCUGAGGGGGGUGGUGUAGUUGAUCAGCAGCAAUGCAUAAGAGAUAUAAUGGACUUUGGUAGCAACGUUGGUGUCUUUUUGGAGAUGAGUAAGUCCCGGGAGGCAAGUAUUGCAGAUAUAGCUUCUGAAUGCAUAAUUUUGUUGCUCAGGACAGCUCCAAGGGAAGCUACCACGGGUUUUCUGACUAAUCUUCCCAAAGUCAGUGUGAUUCUUGAAUCUGGGCGUCGGGGCAUCCCUCACUUAGUGGUGCAGCGGAUGUUGCAUGCUCUUGGUUUUUCCUGUCGACAGUAUCUGUCACAGGCAAUGAUAUUGUCGAUACCCAAACCAGAAAUUUCAAGAACCGAAGUGAUUGUUUCUGAGCUCAAAAGCUCAAGCAUACCGGGUGUUUCUGAUGCUGCUUUCAGAGUGGCAUUGGAGUUACAGAGGCUGCCUCGUUGCAUUUGAUGUUGAAGAGGGAUUUGGGGAAGUUGAUUGGCUUUUCUAAAGGUAGACGCCUCAUUUUUUUCAAAUUCAGAUGAGGGGUCAACAAGCAUUAUAUUGAGGUGAGCUAAUUUUUUCCUUUAUUUCCUCUUGAAUACUACCACACUAUCAGCUUUGGUUGGCCUGUCUUUGUAUAAUUUAUGUAUACUUGUGCCAUCGUUAAUUGUUCAAUUGAGUAAUAUUUUUGAAAAUUACUUGGCACAUUGUGUUCAUUAUAUCAACUCUGAUGCCUGGGCAUGUUUCUUACUCA